UGGCAGGUGCUUAGGUGCAGCCAGAGUAUUGAGAAGAGUGGACAGCAAGUCAGGCUGGCAAUGAGGGGACAUCUCUCCACUCCGGUGCUAUGGCUUCUUCUCCUCACAAUUCAGAUCAUAGCAGGUGCUGAGGAGCUGAGGCUGGUGGAUGGAGGCAGCCCCUGUGCCGGGAGAGUGGAGGUUAAACACCUGGAUCAGUGGGGGACUGUGUGUAGUGAUCGCUGGGACAUGGCAGAUGCUGGGGUUGUUUGUAAGCAGUUGGGAUGUGGAGCUGCUGUCAGUGCCCAUCAUAAUGCUUAUUUUGGACGAGGAUCUGGACAAAUUUGGCUGGAUGAAGUUGCCUGUGAUGGUACCGAGUCUGUUCUCUGGGACUGUGGGAACGAGGGAUUUGGUGAAAGUGACUGCGGUCAUGGAGAGGAUGCUGGAGUGACCUGUUCAGGUGCUGAGGAGCUGAGGCUGGCGGAUGGAGGCAGCUGCUGUGCUGAGAGAGUGGAGGUUAAACACCAGGAUCAGUGGGGGACGGUGUGUGAUGAUAGCUGGGACAUGGCAGCUGCUGGGGUUGUCUGUAAGCAGCUUGGAUGUGGAGUUGCUCUCAGUGCCCAUUCUAAUGCUCAUUUUGGAGAAGGAACUGGACAGAUAUGGCUGGAUAACACUUUCUGUCGUGGUACCGAGUCUGCUGUCUGGGCAUGUGAACACAACAGUUGGGGUGAGCAUAACUGCAGGCAUGGAGAGGAUGCUGGAGUGACCUGUUCAGGACCCCUUGAGCCCCAGCUGAUUGGAGGGAAUACUGCCUGCUCAGGACAUGUUGAAAUAAGACACGGAGACACAUGGACCACAGUCUGUGAUUCACACUUGGACCUUCAAGCCGCCAGUGUCAUCUGUAAUGAAUUAGACUGUGGAACAGUUGUAUCCACCCCAGAAGGAGCACGCUUCAGUGAAGGAUAUGGGUCAAUCUGGUCUGAGAAGAUCCAUUGCUUGGGGAAUGAAUCACACCUCGUGUACUGUCCCAGAACAUUGCAUCCUAAUGAGACAUGUUCACACUCGAGUGAUGCCAGCAUUGUAUGCUCCGGGUACGGCGGGUACAGGCUGGCAAAUGGCAGCACAGGGUGUUCGGGGAGAGUGGAGCUUCUCCAUGGAGGCACCUGGGGAACCCUCUGUGACUCCCAGUGGGAUUUACAGGCUGCCCACACCCUCUGCCAGCAGCUUGACUGUGGAUUCGCCCUGUCGAUGCCAGCAGGGCAGCUCUUUGGCACAGGAGAUGGGCCUGUCUGGAACGGCACAUUUGGCUGUGAGAGGAACGAAUCCCGCCUGAGGGAUUGUCCUGUUACUGCGCUGGGCAAAACUGAGUGUCCCCCUGGGAGCGAAGCCAACGUGGUCUGUUCAGGGUGCCCAGGUGGCAGGUUAGUGAAUGGCACCGAGUGCUCCGGGAGAGUGGAGAUCCGACAUGGAGACACAUGGGGAAGCCUCUGUGACUCCCACUAGGAUUUGCAAGAUGCCAACGUCCUCUGCCAUCAGCUGAACUGUGGAUAUGCUGAGUCGAUCCUGGGAGGAGCCCAUUUCGGGGAAGGGAGUGGAAAAGUAUGGAGUGACGCUUUUCAUUGUGAAGGGACUGAAUCCUGUCUGUGGGAUUGUUUUCACAUGGCCCUGGGCAACCCAGCCUGCUUCCCCAGAGACACGGCCAGGGUUACUUGCUCAGGUCGUUCUGAAUCGCUCAGGCUGUUGAAUGGAGAGAGCCGGUGUGAUGGCAGAGUCGAGAUUUCCCUCCAUGACUUGUGGGGCAGAGUGUUGGAUGAUCAGAGGGACAUGGGCGAUGCCAGCGUGGUGUGCAGGCAGCUCCAGUGCAGAGUCGCUGAGAAAGCUUAUAACCCCCGUAAGUCUCAGCGAGGAAGGGGCCCUGUGGGGCUGAGAAGGGUCCAGUGUGCAGGAAAUGAGUCUCGUCUGACUCUCUGCGACAACUCCACGUCUGAGACAGCCCAGGCAGGAAUUGCUGAGGAUGUCGGUGUCGUUUGCUCAGGAAGCAGGCGGAUCAGACUGGUGAAUGGGGCAGGUCGCUGUGCUGGGAGAGUGGAGAUUUAUUACAAUGGCAGCUGGGGGACAGUCUGUGAUGAUGCCUGGGAUCUGUCAGACUCCAAUGUCGUUUGCAAACAACUGGGAUGUGGACAUGCCAUCAAUGCAACUGUCUCUGCUCAUUAUGGGGAAGGAUCCGGGCAGAUCUGGCUGGAUGAUGUGAACUGCUCCGGGAAUGAAUCCGAUCUCUGGGUGUGUCCUUCCAGGGGCUGGGGCCAGCACAACUGCAGACACAAAGAGGACGCGGGAGUUCUCUGCUCAGAAUUCACAGAUCUGAGGCUGGUGAGCGACAGUGAUUGUGCUGGGCGGCUGGAGGUUUUCUACAAUGGGACGUGGGGCAGUGUUUGCUCCAAUCAGAUGUCUGGAGUCACCCCAAAAAUUGUAUGCAAACAACUGCAUUGUGGAGAUGGAGGACAGCUUGAAAGAGACUUUGCAUAUGGAGCAGGUUCUGGUCCCACGUGGCUGGACCAUGUUUCAUGCCGUGAGCAGCACAGGUCCCUUUGGCAGUGCCUGUCAGGCCAAUGGAAACAGCAAUCCUGUGAUAACCGAGCAGAAGAGACCCAUAUUUCUUGCAGUGGAAUAAAAAAAAACCUACCUCAGACCCCGUUUGGCGAAUGCCCGAACUCUACAAGUUGUACAGACCAGGAGAAGUUACGUGUCGUGGGAGGAGAGGACAGAUGCUCGGGGAGAGUGGAGGUUUGGUUCCGUGGCUCCUGGGGAACAGUUUGUGAUGACUCCUGGGACAUGGCAGAUGCUAACGUUGUGUGUAAACAACUGAGCUGUGGAUCGGCUCUAUCUGCCGCAGGCGAGGCUGCAUUCGGUGAGGGGACUGGUCCCAUCUGGGUGGAGACGUUGAAUUGCAGAGGGACAGAGUCAUCUCUCUGGGACUGUCCUGCCAAGCCAUGGGGUGAGAGUAACUGUGAUCAUAAGGAAGAUGCUACUGUUAAUUGUUCAGGUCUGACAGAGACAACAGAUUCACUGACUAGAACAGCUCCCCCGCGCCGCCCUCCAACUGACAGUGGGAGAGUCACAGUACCCGUGGUCAUCUGCAUUAUCCUGGGGGCCUUGCUCUGUCUGGUCUUAAUCAUUCUGGGGGCGCAGGUGCAAAGUGCCAGGGCACAACGCAGGGGCUCCAGAAGAUCCCUGGACCCUUUCUCUGAGGCCAUGUACGAGGAGAUUGAUUAUAACCUGAUGAGAAAGAAGCAGAUGUUCGGUCGCUCAGUCUCCUUUUCAGAUGAUUCAGUGGCAAAGCUGCAGUAUUACACCGGGGAUAGUGAGGAGGAAAACAAUCCUGCAACAGAAGAAGAGGUCCCUGCCCUGCCUGGAGGUGCCCCAUGGGACAGUUAUGAUGAUGCCAGAGAAGUUUAUAACACUGAAGACGAUCCUGCUUCUGGACCGAGUGCCCAGGAAGUCACUGGGGACCAUGAGGACAGUGACAGGAACAGAGAUGAUCAGACUGGCAGGAGUCUGCAAUCGCUAAGAAGUGAAGGGGCCUCUGGGGCUGAGAGGGACGCCCUGUCCCCACCUCCUCAUGACCUGGGUUAUGAUGACGUUGAUGAUGGCACCUCUGGGACAUGAAUAUAAGAAUGGCUGAGUUCAGAUCCAAUAUCCUGUGAGGAUGUAAAUGCUGUAUGGCUAAACUCUUCCUGUCCGAAAUGUUCAUUCACCCAUGGGGGGUAUCAGAGAAAAUCCCUGCCUGGGAACUACUUCAAUCAGCUUUUUUUAUUGCAGUUUGUUUAGAUGCAAGAAAUGUAAGACAGGGGCUGUGAUUUCCCCUGUAACUUCCCAUUGAUCAGUCAGUCUGGAACUUCCUGCUUUUUUGUUCCUAACAUUUCUUCAUUGUGAAUUUUUGCUUUUUCUUAUUAAACCCUUUUUGAAGAUC